UACUUCCUCUCUCGAUCCGCACGGAACUUUGCUUGCUCAAGCCUCAUCAACAUCGUCAUCAGGUGAACAGACAAUCACAAUGACUUAUAAUAUGGAGAAAUCAUGCUCUCUUCUUAUUCAUUUCGACAAAGGAACACCGGCACUUGCCAAUGAGAUCAAGGUGGCUCUUGAAGGAAACGACGAUACUGCAAAGAUAGACGCCAUGAAAAAAGCCGUUAUGCUUUUACUGAACGGAGAAACACUACCACAGCUUUUCAUCACAAUCGUUCGUUACGUCCUUCCUUCAGAGGAUCACACGGUUCAGAAACUACUCCUUCUUUACCUUGAAAUCAUCGCAAAGACGGACUCCAAAGGAAAAGUCUUACCCGAAAUGAUUUUAAUCUGCCAAAACUUACGAAACAAUCUCCAGCACCCGAAUGAGUACAUUCGCGGUGUAACUUUGCGGUUUCUUUGCCGUAUAUGUGAAACCGAGAUUAUCGAGCCCUUGAUCCCUUCCAUAUUGGCCAAUCUGGAGCAUAGAAAUCCGUUUGUAAGGAGGAAUGCCAUACUUGCGGUGAACGCGAUCUACAAGCUUCCACACGGGGAUCACCUUUUGGUCGAUGCACCAGAAAUGAUCGAAAAAGUGUUAUCAACCGAAGCUGAUCAAUCCGCAAAGAGAAACGCGUUUCUUAUGCUUUACACAUGCGCCCAAGAUCUUGCGGUUCAUUACCUUUUGACCCAUGUGGAUAAAGUGUUCGAAUGGGGCGAAUCGUUACAAAUGGUCGUGUUGGAUUUGAUACGCAAAGUGUAUCGGUCGCACACACGAGAAAAAGGGAAGUACAUAAAGAUCAUUAUAUCGUUGUUAAACGUACCUUCCGCUACUGUUAUCUUCGAAUGCGCGGGAACACUGGUAUCGUUAUCAUCCGCUCCCACCCCCAUUCGGGUUGCAGCCAGUACGUAUUGCCAGCUUCUCGUCAGUCAGAGCGACAACAAUGUGAAGCUUAUCGUGCUUGAUCGUUUAGACGAACUAAAAGCUUCCCAUAACGAGAUCAUGGUUAAUAUGAUAAUGGACGUGCUCCGGGCACUCUCGAGCCCAAACCACGACAUUAGGCGUAAAACACUUGAUAUCGCUCUUGAUUUAAUCACCCCUCAAAACAUUAACGAAGUCAUUCUCACUUUGAAAAAUGAAGUGGUGAAAACUCAAAGCGGCGAGUUUGAGAAAGAUGGUGAGUAUCGUCAAAUGCUUAUUCAAGCGAUUCAUCGUGUGCGGUCAAGUUCCCGGAAGUUGCGGGCACGGUUGUACAUAUGUUGGUGGAUUUCUUGGGCGAUAGUAAUGUCGCUUCUGCGAUGGAUGUAGUUUUUGUGAGGGAGAUAAUAGAGAUUUAAAGACUAGGGAAGUAGGGAGGGAUUAAACUUUCAAAAUUACAAUUAUAGAAUUAGUUAUGACUUAUGAUGGUUUUUUUGAAAUGUGUUUGUGUGAUUAGAAUCAAAAUUUAAAACUAUGGUUUGAAAAUUGAAAUUGAGACAUGCUUUAUUUGAAACUUUGU